AUGAGCGAAAAAGAAUCACAAUCAUUUAAAGAGACACGAAGCAGCGAACCAGCACCCACAAACUCGAUUUCUCCAAACAGACAACGACACAUUGAAACAUUAUCAGACUCUGAAGAUUUUACAGGUUCUUAUACCAGUUAUUCAUCCUCAGGCGAAUAUUCUUCUGUAGGUGACGUAUUAAAUAAUGCGAGUAACCGCGAUAAAAAAGCCUUUUUUAAGCCUCUCUCCGUCAAUGAAGGUAAUACGGACUCUCAGUUUAGUCAUGGCAUUCUGAGUCAAGUCUUUAAAAUGCAAAGCCUCCUGGAAGAAUACCAGACCUCCUUAACCGCAUUGGAGAUCGAAAAGGCUGACAAUCAACAAGAGCUCAAUAAAUUCGAUAAGCGAUUAAAGGUCAAGGCUGAAAAUGAAGAAAGAUACAAAGAAGAUAUCUGGAACUUGGAAUUAAAUAAUCAAGAAUUGACACAGAAAAUCAAUGAUCUGACACAAGAUUUAUUAAGGUCUAAUUUAGACCAUACGCGUCUAUCGCGUGAAAAAACAUUAUUGACACAAGAACUUGACUCUUUCAAGGCAAUACAGCAGUCUUGGGAGCAAAAAUUGAAGGACACUCAACAAACUCAUGAGCAAGAAAUCGUUGCAUUAAAAAAAACUUUACAUAUGAUCAGAAUUGAAAAGGAUAAUUUGUCAAAGCAGAUUCAGGAUCUGUUGAUAGUACAUACAACAACAGCAACAACUACCACGCUCCGUCACAUUGAUAGUAAAACAAACUUGCGUGAUAUUGAACCUACAACAACUGCACCCUGCCAAAUAAAAAACACGAUAUCAAAUAAUUCACAUAGAAGACAUUCAAGACACGUAGAAAUAGACGCUUUAACAAAUUCACUAAACCAAGCUCAUGAAAUCAUUCACACCAUGCAGAAUAAAAUUGACCUGGAACGAGAAGAGCGAACUGAAGUGGAUAAGCUUUUAAGGGAAGCCCAAGAAACCAUUGAAAAUUUCAAUACGCAAUCAAUUCAUUCACAUCAUUGUGAGCAGUCAUCAAGUCAUCAAAACCAUACUUUGGGAGACGAAUUAGCAGGAUCGACAGACAAUUUCAAAUCGUUAUCAACACAAGAGAAAAACGGAUCGUUGGAACUUACUUACGUCAUUUUACCUUCGCAGUCUAAUAUUGAUAUGAACGCCUCCCUUUCUUCACCAAUCGUUUUAAAGAAAAGCAACGAGUCUGAGGGAGAUAUACAUAUUGUUAAUGAGACCUAUGGCUCAUUAUUAACCCAGCCUGAAAGCUAUUUUUACAAAUCAAGACGCAACCUACAAGAGGAAAAGAAAGCUUCUCCCUCAGCCAUGUUUGCAUCAACCGCAGUGGACAGUAUACUCAACUCGAAACUAGAAUUGUUUCCAGAAGUCAGAAAGAGACAGAGUGUGGAUGAAGGCUUUGUUGCGGCCUUGACGAAAACAAUGAUUGGCGAUUGGAUGUGGAAAUACACAAGAAAGGUGGUUGGCAGUGGGAUAUCGGAAAACAGACAUCGUCGGUUUUUUUGGAUACAUCCAUAUACUCAGACAUUAUAUUGGAGUGCGCAAGAGCCUGGUGCGAGUACUAGCUAUGCUAGUACAAAGAGUGCGUUGGUGGAAUCUUUUAUUUUAUUGGAUCAUCUUGAAAAGUCGAGACCGCCUGGUAUUCUAAUCAAGACUCCUACUAGAGGAUUGAAACUUGAGUGUGUGGAUAUGCCUUCCCAUCAUGCAUGGAUAAAAUCUCUGCAAUUUAUAUUAGCAGAUAAUAAGGAAGAUAUGCAACCACAUUUAUCAAGGCUAAGUAGUGUAUCAAAAAGUCAUUAUCAAAAUAGAAAAAAGUCCUGCACAUUAGUAGAAGCCACACUCUCGUCAAAUAUGUUUAACAAUUCAACCCUAGUUGAUUUAUCAACAACCAGCAGUAAUUUUUUAUCGAGACAACUAUAAAUGUAUUUGUUAAAUCUUUUCAAUGUUUUUUAUUUAUAUAUGUGAGUGUGUGAGUGUGUGAUUGUGUGAUUGUGAUUGUGAGUGUGCGUGUGAGUGUGAAU